AUGUCUCCUUUAACGCUGGACUCAGCUGAAGUGCAAUGGCAAGCCCAACUUGCUGCUAUGAAAAACGCCUUGGCAGAGUUGAAUUUGCCUCCGAGCUCGACGAACGGGGAAACUAAAUCAUAUGACAUCGACGUUGUCUUCGACGACGACGAUGAAUUUACUUCCGGAAAUAGCGGGGAUGAUGUUUGGGACUUUAUUAGUGACGAGGAUGAUGAUUUGUCCAGCAGUGAUAUCAACGACGAUUUCCCUAGUCUUUCUGACUCCGCUGGUGCAGGCAACUAUGGACCUCAAUGGUUGAAGAGCAAAUGUAUGGAGAUUGCUCAGAGGAAGCAGGGACUUUCAGGAAACGAUCUCCAGGAACAAAUCAUGGCGAUCUUAGGGUCUGAUAGUGGUGAGGAAGAGCUUCAGUCCACUUUGAUUGACAUGAUCGGCUUUGAUGAUAUAGAAUUUGCCAUUGAAGUCAUCUCCCACCGCAAGAAUAUUACCGCCGCUUCACGUUCUAUUGGAACUCAAGAUGACGGCAUCUUUACUGGAAAGUUACAGACCAGAAAGGAACGAGAAGCAGCCUUACGACAGAGAGAUUAUGAGCAUAAACAUGCCGCACUAGGACCGUCCAUUAAUCGCUACGAAGAAAAAUAUCCCCACGUCUAUAAGUCGCAUCAUGCUGGUAAUAUCCUGGAUUCGAGAGGAAAGAAGUAUGCUCUACCGGUGGGUAGUGAGAGAACAGAACACGAGAGAUACUCGGAAUAUACUGUCCCGGCUGGAAAGGUUGGAACUUUAGGUGCAGGUCGAAGGCUUGUCGAGAUUUCUGAGAUGGAUGGCCUUUGCAAGAGAACUUUCAAGGGUUACAAGUCUCUCAAUCGAAUGCAGAGCUUGGUCUAUCCAGUAGCAUACAAGACCAGCGAAAACAUGUUGAUUUGUGCUCCCACUGGUGCUGGUAAAACUGAUGCAGCAAUGCUUACGAUACUUCACGCCAUUGGUGAAAAUGUUUCACCACAUCCAUCGGAGAACCCAGAAUCUUCAGACUUUGUGGUCAAUUUCAAUGAUUUCAAGAUUGUCUAUGUUGCCCCAAUGAAAGCUUUGGCAGCCGAAAUUACACAAAAGCUGGGUAGUCGUCUAGCGUGGUUGGGUAUACAAGUUCGCGAGUUUACUGGUGAUAUGCAUCUCACUAAGAAGGAAAUCACCCAAACUCAAAUUAUCGUUACAACUCCUGAAAAAUGGGACGUUGUCACUCGGAAAGGCACUGGAGAUACUGAAUUGGUUCAAAAGGUUCGACUUUUGAUUAUUGAUGAAGUACAUAUGCUACACGAUGAUCGAGGUUCUGUCCUAGAAUCAUUAGUUGCCCGUACUGAGCGUCAAGUUGAGAGCACUCAAUCUCUCAUCCGUAUCGUGGGACUUUCUGCUACCCUUCCGAACUACAUCGAUGUGGCCGAUUUUCUCAAAGUCAAUCGUUAUGCGGGUCUAUUUUAUUUCGACGCUAGCUUCAGACCUGUACCUCUCGAACAGCACUUCAUCGGAGUUAAAGGGAAGGCUGGAACCAGACAAUCACGAGAGAAUAUUGAUACAACUGCAUUUGAAAAAGUCCGAGAGAUGCUGGAACUUGAUCACCAAGUCAUGGUCUUUGUUCAUUCGAGGAAGGACACUUUCAACACUGCUAAGAUGUUGUAUGAAAAGGCUAUUGAGCAAGUUUGUGUAGACUUAUUUGAUCCCACUAAUCAUCCUCAAUAUGAAGCAGCUGUAAAGGAUAUGAAGAGCUCACGAGGUCGUGAACUUCGAGAGUUAGUACCAAAAGGUAUUGGUAUUCAUCAUGCAGGUAUGGCUCGUUCAGACAGGAACCUGAUGGAGAGAUUAUUUGGAAGUGGUGUUCUCAAAGUUCUUGUCUGUACAGCUACCUUGGCAUGGGGUGUUAAUUUGCCCGCAGCAGCAGUAGUGAUCAAAGGUACACAAGUCUACAGUGCUCAAGAAGGUAAAUUUAUCGACCUUGGAAUCUUGGACGUUCUUCAAAUUUUCGGUCGUGCAGGUAGACCACAAUUUCAGGAUACCGGUAUUGGUAUGAUUUGUACGACAGCAGAUAAGCUUGAUCACUAUCUCCAGGCCGUCACAUCUCAAGUCCCUAUCGAGUCUCGAUUCUCGAAACAUCUUGUGGAUAAUCUCAACGCUGAAAUCGGUUUGGGGACAGUCACAUCGAUCCCCGAAGCUGUCGCAUGGCUUGGAUACUCUUAUUUAUUUGUUCGAAUGAAGAGGGAUCCUUUGACUUAUGGUAUCGAUUGGGCUGAAGCUCGCGAUGACCCAAAUUUGGUACAGCGUCGAAGACAACUAUGCAUUCAAGCAGCAAAGACACUUCAACAAAGCCAAAUGAUUAUCUUCAAUGAAACGACCGAGGAGCUCAGAAGUAAGGAUGUUGGACGUAUUGCAAGUCAAUUUUAUGUCCUCCAUACCAGUAUUCAGAUAUUUAACACCAUGAUGCAACCUCAAUCUUCCGAAGCUGAUGUUCUCACGAUGAUUGCUAUGAGUGGAGAGUUUGAUCAAAUUCAAUCAAGAGACAGCGAGUCAAAGGAGCUUACCAGCUUGAGAGAAGAUUUCUCUCCUUGUCAGGUAAAAGGAGGAACCGAUUCCUCACACGCCAAGACGAAUAUUCUCCUACAGUCUUACAUAUCUCGAGCCAAACUUGAGGACUUUGCUUUAGCCAACGAUACGAACUACGUUGCUCAGCAAUCAGCCAGAAUUUGUCGUGCAUUAUUCAUGAUUGCUUUGAAUCGUCGUUGGGGCCAUCAAUGUCUCGUGCUUCUCUCGCUAUGCAAAUCAAUAGAGAAGAGAAUUUGGCCAUUCCAACAUCCUCUUCAUCAAUUUGAGCUAGCCCAGCCAAUUCUUAAACAGCUUGAUGAUAAGGAAAAUCUUUCCAUUGAAACUCUAAAGGAGAUGGACGCAGCUGAAAUUGGUGCCAUGGUACACAAUCCUGGUGCUGGAAGGACAAUCUCAAGAAUUCUUGAUAACUUUCCUACACUGAGCGUGGAAGCCGAAAUUGCUCCACUGAAUAGAGAUGUUUUGAGAAUCCGUCUUUAUCUCACGCCGGAGUUCAAAUGGAACGAUCGCCACAAUGGUACAUCGGAAAGUUAUUGGAUCUGGGUUGAGAACUCGGAGACUUCUGAAAUAUACCAUCAUGAGUUCUUCAUUCUGAACAGAAAGAAGUUAUACGACGACCACGAACUCAGCUUCACUAUCCCACUAUCGGAUCCGCUCCCUACGCAGAUCUAUGUAAGAGCAGUUUCUGAUAGAUGGCUAGGCGCAGAAACGGUGUAUCCAAUUUCUUUCCAACAUUUAAUCAGACCUGACACCGAAAGUGUAUACACUGAUCUUUUGAAUCUUCAACCCCUACCAAUUAUUGCCCUGAAGAAUCCGGCCCUAGAAGAGAUUUAUGGCAAACGUUUCCAGUUUUUCAAUCCUAUGCAAACUCAGAUCUUUCACACUUUGUAUCAUACACCAGCAAAUGUUCUUCUUGGGUCACCAACCGGAUCUGGAAAGACGAUCGCUUGUGAGUUGGCUAUGUGGUGGGCGUUUCGAGAGAAGCCUGGCUCUAAGGUUGUCUACAUCGCUCCCAUGAAAGCACUUGUUCGAGAGCGAGUUAAAGAUUGGGGGGCUAGAUUAACUCGACAAAUGGGCUUGAAAUUGGUUGAGUUGACUGGUGAUAAUACACCUGAUACGCGAACUAUUCGAGAUGCGGACAUAAUUAUUACUACUCCAGAAAAAUGGGAUGGUAUUAGUCGUUCGUGGACUACGAGAGGUUACGUUCGACAAGUUAGCUUGGUUAUUAUUGAUGAAAUUCAUUUGCUUGGUGGAGAUCGUGGUCCCAUUUUGGAGAUUAUUGUUUCUCGUAUGAAUUACAUUGCAACUCAGACCAAUAAUUCAGUCAGACUUAUGGGUAUGUCGACUGCGUGCGCCAAUGCUAUGGAUUUGGGAAACUGGCUUGGUGUUAAGGAAGGAUUGUUUAACUUCAGGCAUUCCGUUAGACCUGUUCCAUUGGAAAUUUUUAUCGAUGGUUUCCCAGAGGUUCGAGGCUUCUGUCCCCUAAUGCAAUCUAUGAACAGACCGACUUUCUUGGCCAUCAAAACGCACAGUCCAGAAAAACCAGUCAUUGUUUUUGUUGCUUCUCGUAGACAAACACGUUUGACAGCUAAGGACUUGAUUAACUUCUGUGGUAUGGAGGAUAACCCUCGUCGGUUUGUCAAGAUGUCUGAGGAAGAUCUCCAACUGAACCUUGCACGAGUCAAGGAUGACGCUUUGAAGGAAGCCCUAAGUUUUGGUAUCGGUUUGCAUCAUGCUGGUCUGAUUGAAUCUGAUCGUUCAUUGGCCGAAGAACUAUUUGCCAACAACAAGAUUCAGAUCCUCGUUGCAACAUCCACUCUAGCCUGGGGUGUUAAUCUUCCAGCUCAUUUAGUCGUUGUAAAGGGUACUCAGUUCUUCGACGCUAAGACUGAAGGAUACAAAGAUAUGGACUUGACAGAUGUACUACAAAUGUUGGGUCGUGCUGGACGUCCUCAAUUCGAUACGUCAGGAAUCGCUCGUAUCUUCACGCAAGAUUCAAAGAAAGCAUUCUACAAACACUUCCUACAUACAGGUUUCCCAGUAGAAUCCUCUCUUCACAAUGUCCUAGACAACCAUCUUGGCGCUGAAGUAUCCGCUGAAACCAUUACUACCAAACAAGAUGCCCUAGAUUAUCUCACCUGGACAUUCUUCUUCCGACGUCUCCAUAAAAAUCCCUCAUACUAUGGUCUUGAAAUCUCGGCCGAAGAACACAAUACCAUUGCUGCUCAACAAAUGGCAAAUGAUUACAUGAUCUCAAUGGUAGAUAAGUCAUUGGACGAGCUCGCCGAAUCUAAAUGUCUGGAAAUCUACCCUAAUGGCAACAUCGAUUCUACACCUCUCGGAAAAAUCAUGUCCUACUACUAUCUUUCUCACAAAACCAUUCGUCACCUAGUUAAACAUGCUAAACCAAAUGCUUCAUUCCGCGAUGUACUUUCUUGGAUGUCUUCCGCAACCGAAUAUGACGAGCUCCCCGUUCGCCAUAACGAAGAUCUCAUCAACAUUGAACUUUCCAAGAACUUACCUCUCCCAGCAGAUGCAGCACAUUUUAAUGGCCUUCCAAUGUGGGAUCCUCACGUUAAAGCAUUUUUGUUACUUCAGGCCCACAUGAGCAGGAUUGAUCUUCCCAUAUCUGAUUAUGUGGGUGAUCAAACCAGUGUUCUCGACCAAGCUAUCCGUAUCAUUCAAGCUUCCAUCGAUGUCCUUACGGAAUUGGGAUAUCUAUCAAGCGUUGUGCAAAUGAUCACUUUACUUCAAUGUAUCAAAUCAGCUCGCUGGCCCGAAGACCACGCUUUGUCUAUCCUCCCUGGUGUAGUUCCUGAUUUCAAACCAUCCAAGGACAACGACAUUCCCACAUCACUUCAACAAUUCUCAGCCUUACCCCAAAACGUGUGUCAAUCUCUCAAAAACAAACUACAACUUCCAAGUAGAAAUACACAAGCUUUUGAUAAGGCAGCAAAUAUGAUACCGAACUUGAAAGUUGAAGUACAAAAUGUUACGGCGUUGAAAAUGGAUGUUGUAAUUAAGAGACUUAAUGGAUUGGUGGAUAAGGAGGGAAAAAUGUACGCGCCUCGAUUCCCUAAGAGUCAGAGUGAGGGAUGGUUUGUUGUGCUUUGUAGCAAAGGAAGUGAUGAGGUGGCUGCUAUUAAGAGAUUGGGUUGGAGUGCUCCUAAGGCCAACUUGAAGGGUAAAGGUGCUCAGAAUGGAAAUGUUGGCAAUGGAGAAGAGGGAAAGCAGAAUACCAGUGUGAUAGGCAUAGGAGCCAAACCUCAAGCAAAAGCAACACUUAAAUUUCCUGGGACAGAAGAAGGAGAGGAGGGAAAUAUCAUGGAUGGGAGAGUAUUCGAUGUUUGGGUUGUCAGUGAUGGAUAUAGGGGGUUGAUCUAUAAGGUUGAAGGGGUAGAGGUACCAGAUGUCAUGAAGGUUAGGGUUGAGGAUGAGGGCAAAGGGAAAGAUGGAAAGGGGAAGGGAAAAUGA